CUUAAUCCUCACCAAGAAUUCAAGUAUACCAAUUUCCACGAUCAGGCAAUCACAUUAUAUUAUAUAUAUGUCGUGUAUAAUUUUCCAAAUCUCUCUCUCUAUAUAUUAUUUUGUUGCCAUAUGAUGAUUAACAAGUCUUCUGUCUGAUGGCAUGCGUUACGCCAACGAAAUCACAGCUAAAUUCAUACCAAUAUUUUAUUUUAUACGAUUCACACCACCCCACUUUCCAUCUCUGUCCGAUCAGUUUCCGAAAAUCUCAAUUCCUUAGGUAAUUGGAUUCCGCAAUUUCUUGAAGAAAAAUGGCCGCCUUUUUCAUUGACGCGUGAGCAGAACUCAGCAAGAAGAAGAAGAGAGUGUUGGUUUAUUGUGUAGAAUGAGAAGAAGAGGAGUGGCUGAACUGUUGUUGUGCGCACGGCUGAGGGUUUAGAGAGAGGGCCUUUUUUGCGGAGGGGCGGAGUCAUGACGGCGGAGAGGUUCAAAGUGGUGGCGCUGGUGGCCGGUGUCAUGUGUUUAUGUAAUGCAGAUAGAGUUGUGAUGUCGGUCGCCAUUGUUCCUCUUGCCGCCGAACAUGGCUGGGACAGCUAUUUUUUAGGGAUUGUCCAGUCAUCUUUUCUAUGGGGAUAUAUGUUUUCGUCGGUAAUCGGUGGAGCAUUAGUCGAUAAAUACGGUGGAAAAAGAGUUAUCGGAUGGGGUGCUGCUUUAUGGUCUUUAGCUACUCUCCUCACUCCAUUGGCUGCAAGUCACUCUACUGUCAGCCUUUUCGCCGUUCGUGUUUUCUUCGGCCUGGCCGAGGGUGUUGCUCUACCCUCCAUGAAUAACCUUAUUUCUAGAUGGUUUCCGUCCAACGAGAGAGCGACAGCUGUUGGAAUGUCUAUGGGAGGUUUUCAGCUUGGAAAUGUUGUGGGAUUGGUUGUAAGUCCACUCGCAAUGUCGACUAUCGGAAUUUCUGGCCCUUUUGUGCUAUUUUCUUUUCUUGGAUAUGUCUGGUUAUUGACGUGGAUUUUUAGAGUCGAAAACGACCCACAAGACAGCACUUCAAUCAGUAAAGCAGAGUUGAGGUUAAUUCAAGCUGGGAAAUCCGAUUCUCAUGCGAUUAAGGGCAAGCUUCCCUCCUUAGCCCUACUUUUCUCUAAAUUGCCGACAUGGGCUAUAGUCUUGGCUAAUGUCACUAAUAAUUGGGGGUACUUCGUUCUUCUAUCAUGGAUGCCGGUUUAUUUUAAAACUGUUUUCGGUGUAAACUUGAAACAAGCAGCUUGGUUUAGUGCAGUUCCAUGGGGAACGAUGGCUAUAUCUGGCUAUGUUGCUGGGGCAACCUCGGAUUAUUUAAUCAAAUCAGAUUAUUCAAUAACAUCAGUCAGGAAAAUGAUGCAGUCAAUUGGUUUUAUGGGUCCUGGGGUUGCAUUACUCUGCUUGAACUAUGUCACGACGCCUACGGUUGCAGCCAUAUUUAUGACUAUGGCCCUCAGUUUGAGCUCUUUCAGUCAAGCUGGAUUUUUGUUAAAUAUGCAUGAAAUUGCACCACAAUAUGCAGGAUUUCUUCAUGGAAUUUCAAAUUCAGCUGGAACAUUGGCAGCAAUAAUCAGUACAAUCGGAGCAGGGUUCUUUGUACAGUGGCUAGGAUCUUUCCAAGCAUUCUUAACUCUCACUGCAUGUUUGUAUUUUGCAACAACUAUCUUUUGGAAUCUCUAUGCUACUGGAGAAAGAGUCUUUUAGAAUGCGUAGAUUUUACAUAACAUUCGAUUGCGGGAAAAAAAAAGAAGAAAGGAUAUCAUUAUCUUCAAAGA